AUGAAGGGCCUGCGUGAGACAGCCAUGGUCAAGUCCCUGCUAGUGUUGAUUUUCGGACUUGCCCUCCUGAGGGAAGUGGCAGCCCGGAAAAUCCCCAAAGCAGGGGUUACUGCCCUCCAGAAGCCUGGGAAUUGCCCUCCUCUGGAGGAUAACAGUGUGAGAGUUGACAUUCGCAUCUUCAAUCAAAACCAGGGCCUCCAAGUCUCACAUGACUUCCAGAACCGCUCCACUAGUCCAUGGGAUUACAACAUCACCCGAGACCCCCACCGCUUCCCCUCGGAGAUUGCGGAAGCCCAGUGCAGACACUCGGGCUGCAUCAACGCCCAGGGGCAGGAGGACAGCUCCAUGAACUCCGUUGCCAUCCAGCAAGAAAUCCUGGUUCUUCGGAGGGAGUCCCAGGGCUGCUCUCAUUCUUUCCGGUUGGAGAAGAUGCGGGUGACCGUUGGCUGCACCUGUGUCACUCCCAUCGUCCACCGGAAAAGCUGA